UUUCAAGAAAACAGAGACAAUUGAGGAGAAGGCGACUGCGGAUAUUCCCCUGAAUUUUCCCGGAGAGGUGGUAGUAAGAGACGACGCAGAGAGAGAGAGAGAGAGAAUCAAAGCCCUAAGGUUGAGCUCUUAUCUGCUCUAGUGGAUCGCUCGAGCACUGUUCUCUGCCGACUGAACUCCGCCUCUCUCUUCUUCUUCUUCUUCUCCCCGCGGUUAAAUCUGCUCCGUCUCAAUUGGGUUUGGUGCAGUGUUGCGAGAACUGUCCAGAAUCUGAAUGUAAAUAGGAGGAAUCGAAUAAGGGAAGUCGUAAUUUGUUAGGGGAAAAGAGAAACUCGCUUUUGCUGAAUCGGAUUGUGUUGUGCUGAGUAUUGGUUAGAAGAAUGGCAUUUGACCAAAGCUCGGUCCCCAUGGAUCUAAGACCCCUCAACUUGGCUCGGACCACGGCCGAGGAGCCCCGCAUUGCCCAGCCCACAACUGCCACCCGGAAUGCGGAAGGGUUUUUCGUUAACCCUGCUCACGAGGCCAGUAGCCCUCAGUCGAUACCGGUCUUCUAUCCGGCAACGGUUCCGGACGUCGGAUACGGAGGCUUGGGAUACUCAACUGGUGCGCCUGGUGUUGCUGCGUGGUAUCCUCGUGCACCAGUUCCUUACGGGCAUAUGAGUGUAAAUCCAGCUGUCGGGUUUGGUUAUAACCCUAGUCUGGUGAGUAAAGUAGGAGGAAAUGCCAUUGAUCAGAAUGGUAACGAGGCAGUUCCAGGGUUUGGUCAAGGCCCUUAUGUAGGGAACAGGAUUGUCAGCAAUGCAGUGGAUCAGGUCGGAGGUCAAAUUGUGAAUCGGAGUGGUUCUGGCGGGAAUUUGGUUGGAAGGGACAGCGGGAAUGUGGAAGAGCAGGUUAGUAAUGAUUCAGGAAUUGGCCGGAGGCCCCAUUUGAGCAACCAAGUUAGUGGAAGUGGGGUUGGUCAGCCGAGUGAAGAAGGGGGUGAGGAUUCGGUGUCAGGAAAGAAAAUUAAAUUCUUGUGUAGUUUUGGGGGUAAAAUCUUACCUAGACCAAGUGAUGGUAUGUUGAGAUAUGUAGGAGGCCAAACAAGAAUCAUCAGUGUCAGGAGAGAUGUGAGCUUUAAUGAGUUAGAGCAGAAGAUGGUGGAUACUUAUGGGCAGCCAGUUGUUAUUAAGUACCAGCUCCCUGAUGAGGAUCUUGAUGCUCUAGUUUCAGUUUCAUGCCCUGAUGAUCUUGAUAAUAUGAUGGAAGAGUAUGAGAAGUUGGUUGAGAGGUCUUCAGAUGGUUCAGCUAAGAUGCGAGUUUUUCUUUUCUCUGCUUCUGAGCUUGAUUCUUCAGGAAUUCAGUUUGGGGACUUGCACAGUAGUGGGCAGAGAUAUGUUGAAGCAGUCAAUGGUAUGAUGGAUGGUAUGGGCAGUGGCAUUACUAGGAAAGAGAGUAUAGCAAGUGCAACAUCCACGCAAAAUUCUGAUUUUAGUGGUAAUGAAGCUGUUGAUAGUGCAGUUCCUAUCCAAGCAGAUUUAAGUGGGGCACCGUCGACCAGCAUGUUAUCUCCUGGAGGAAAUGUAGCCACCUCUAGUGAUACUUCAAAAUUGUUUUUUGUUGAUCAAAACCCUACGACCUAUGCUGAUGAUUCUUCUGCAACUGUCGGCAUUCCAGCAGUCAAGUCCGGCCCUCUCCAAGCAUCAUCUUUACAACCGGAGAUUGAGAAAUCCGUGCCACCGAGACCAUUGGUUUAUGAUAUGCAGCAAGCAGGAGGAGGAAUUCCUUCAGCUUCACCUUACCCGCAGGGUUAUGUGGAUCAGCGCAAGGAGAACAUCAACCACACCGAUUAUGUUCCAGUGCCUCCUUUGAUGGGUUUUUCAAAUCAUCAUCUGUUGGGAACAUCUGGGCCUGUGUAUACCCAACAACAGUUCUCUGAGAGUGCUAUCAGUGGUAAUUCACAUCAGUUCAUGUCUCCCGUGCAUAUGACAAUGGUUCCCGCUUCUUCGCAGGUGGGUUUGAGGCCAACUGUAGUUCAGCCGUUACUUCAUCCUCAACAAACUCAGUUGGGGCAUGAUGGAACAUCUGGACAGAGGUUGUUUCUCCUUCCUGUUGAGCCAAAUCACAACGCAUAUCAAGUCCAGGCACCUCCUGCGAUGGUUGGUGGUGCUUAUGGUUGGCAUCAAGUGUAUCCCUCAGGACAUGUAGUUUACUCUGAUGGAUCAACAACCAAUCAGCAGGCUGAGAAUGUUCAGAGGUUUGAUGAAUGCAUUAUGUGUCAAAAGGCCUUGCCUCAUGCACAUUCUGAUACCUUGGUGCAGGAACAAAAGGACAGUACUACUGGUCAUAUAACGGUUUCAAGCUCAGUUUACCACAGUCUCCGCCUGGAAGACAAUGUACAAUCUUGGCCAAUGAGCAGGGUCAUGGUAACUGGAACCCCAGGGGAUGGUCUAAUUGAUCCAGGAAAUGGCACUCAACCUAAAGUUUCUGCUCACAAGGAAAAGCUUCCAGAAGAUUUGCAGGCAAGACAUGAAAAUCAGAGGGCUGCUUUUCCAAAAGUGGACUAUCCUGAUUCUAGGAAGCAGGGCUUUGUUGGCAAUGACCAGUCCCCAUUUGGUGCAUUCAUGGGUGUUGUUCCAGAGGCUUCUCCUGAAAUAGGUGUCCAGCAGCAUUUUAUCCCGGCUAAAAGCCAGCUUAAACCGGAGGCCAUGGCUAGCAAGCCAGUUACUGCCGAUUCUUGUCCUGUAGGAGGCAAACCUGUUCAGUCAUCUGAACACCAGGUUCAUGAAUCUUCAGAAGAAUGUUCUCCAUUUCCUGGUGUCGAAUCUAGAGGAGAUAAUCUGGACUAUUCCAUUUCCAUGGAUCCUGUAAAACCCAUUGAUAAGAGAAUGGAAACUUUACUGAUAAGCCCCCCUCAGAUGCCUGCCAUUGUUGAGCAUAGUAAGUUGCCAAGUGAAGAACAAAGGAAGGCAGACAUAUUAAUGCAAAAGGUACAGCAAAAUCUGAAAGCGGGCGUUUUCCCCGAUGCUUCCUAUAUGUUUCCUCAGACUACUCAAGCCACAAUUUCCGAGACAUCUGCUGUUUCGGCACCUGAAAUUCCUUAUUUGCAUGACUUUCGACCGGUGGAAUUUCAAAACAUGUCUCAGCCACCUAAUGUUGGUAUUCCAAGAUCAAAUUCACAAUCCAGGAUGGUUAUUCAAGCAGAACCUGAAGGUGUCUAUCAUGGCAACCCUGUGUUCUCUGGGGUUGGCUUGGCCUCUGUGACUGAGGGAAUUUCUUCUAGUGCUCCAUGGAACAACGAUGCUUCUAUAUUCCAGCCAAUGAAUGUUCCUGGUGAAAUUGGAACUAUAAACUUGAAUGGUAGGACUGAUGAUUUCCAGGAUCCUUCAAAGUCACUUUUCAUAAACCAGGAUCCCUGGAAUUUGAAUCAUGAUACUCAUUUUCCUCCUCCAAAACCCACCAAAAUUGGACUGAGAAAAGAAGGCCUUGGAGCUAAGGAUCAGUUGUUGGAUAACCGUUCCGGACAGGUCGGAGACUUGAAUGCAGAAGUACAGUUGGAGGAUGAAGUCCAGCAACCUUUCAAUAAUUUCACAAACUACAUCAGUUCAGAACAUUUUCCAUCUUCCAAAGGCUCAGCAGAGGAUCUCAUCAAGCAAGAGCUUCAGAAUGUUGCUGAGGGUGUAGCUGCUUCUGUUCUUCAGUCAACUCUUUCUUCUAAUCCUGACUUAACUGUUUAUGAAGGAAAUGAGUCCACUUGUGAAGCAUACCAGGAGAAAGAUGUGCAGCAAGAAGCUGACACUGAGGAUGCUAAUUCUACAGGGGCAGAGAGGGCGAAUUUCGGAUUUCCUGUAUCAGAUGGCAUUGGUCGCUUGCAAAUAAUUAAGAACAGUGACCUCGAAGAGUUGCGAGAAUUAGGUUCUGGCACCUAUGGGACUGUUUAUCAUGGAAAAUGGAGGGGUACUGAUGUAGCCAUCAAACGGAUCAAUGAUAGGUGUUUUUCCGGGAAGCCCUCAGAGCAAGAGCGAAUGAGAUAUGAUUUCUGGAAUGAGGCAAUCAAGCUUGCUGACUUGCAUCAUCCAAAUGUGGUGGCCUUUUAUGGUGUUGUCGUUGAUGGCCCUGGAGGUUCUGUGGCAACAGUAACGGAGUACAUGGUUAAUGGUUCUUUGCGAAAUGCUUUGCAGAAAAGCGAAAGGAACCUUGACAAGCGUAAGCGUCUGCUGAUUGGAAUGGAUGUGGCCUUUGGUAUGGAAUACUUGCAUGGGAAGAACAUAGUGCAUUUUGAUUUGAAAAGUGACAACCUUCUUGUCAAUCUUCGAGAUCCCCAUCGACCAAUCUGUAAGGUUGGUGAUUUGGGCCUGUCCAAGGUAAAAUGUCAGACGCUGAUAUCAGGUGGAGUACGAGGAACACUUCCUUGGAUGGCACCUGAGCUUUUGAAUGGCAGCAGUAGUCUCGUGUCUGAGAAGGUUGAUGUGUUCUCAUUUGGCAUCGUGAUGUGGGAACUACUGACUGGAGAAGAACCAUACGCGGAUUUGCAUUAUGGGGCCAUCAUAGGUGGUAUUGUGAGCAAUACGCUGCGACCGCCAGUACCGGAAUCCUGUGAUCCAGAAUGGAGAUCCCUGAUGGAGAGAUGCUGGUCAGCAGAGCCAUCAGAAAGACCAAGCUUCACUGAAAUUGCAAACGAACUGCGAUCCAUGUCCCCCAGGAUCUCUCAAAAGAUGCAAAAUCACGCAUAGGUGUUCUAUAUAGUCAAUUGAAAUACAGAGUAUACCGCACAAGCUGGCGUGCAUAGCUGGCUCUUCCUCGUCUUUAUAUGUUGAAUCGUAAAAAUGGGUGAUGUGUUUCUGUGUGAAUGCUAUAAGAAAAGUAGAUUUCAUGAUUAUGUGCUGCCAUUGUCGGCUUCGUGUUUUUUCAAUUUUUUUUUUCCCAAGAUACAUGCUUGACGAGGCUGAGCCUCCAUUCUUUGAUUCUCGAUUGGCUUUUUUGCCGGUUUCGCGUCUUGUUACAGUAUAAUGGAAUGGUCUACUGGCAUU